AAAUGGACAAUGCCAACGUCCGGCAGGUGUUCAUUUCAAAAUCGGUUUGGGAAUAAUGUUUUUCCCGAUAUCCCGCAACUCACCCUGGACCAAUUUCCCGCCUCGACCCCCAAAUCUUGAAAGUCCUUUGGAGGGGGCCACUGUCCCCGCGCCACUUUCUCAGAAUAACCACAAAAGGAGUUAACGCGAAUUAUCCGUCCUGCCUUUCUGUGCGUUCACAGAGGUCCCCGGUUGAGGUACCCCCAACACUGGAGUCUAUGGCCAGGACCAUCAAGACCCCCUCAGGUGUUAGGGAAGGGGCUGUAGCCUGACAUGGCUGAAGCUCACCAGGCGGUGGGCUUCCGACCCUCACUGACUUCGGACGCGGGGGAAGUGGAGCUCGGUGCCCCGGUGUUGCAGGAGAUCUACCUCUCCGGACUGCGCUCCUGGAAAAGGCAUCUCUCCCGUUUCUGGAACGACUUUCUCACAGGCGUGUUCCCUGCUAGCCCCCUCAGCUGGCUCUUCCUCUUCAGUGCAAUUCAACUUGCCUGCUUCCUCCAGCUGGAUCCUUCCUUAGGACUGAUGGAAAAGAUCAAAGAGUCUCUGCCAGACUGGGGUGGACAGCAUCACAGGCUGCGGGGGGUCCUGGCGGCCGCGCUGUUUGCGUCCUGUCUGUGGGGAGCUCUGAUCUUCACCCUUCAUGUAGCCCUGAGGCUACUUCUGUCCUACCACGGCUGGCUCCUUGAACCCCACGGAGGCAUGUCCUCGCCCACCAAGACCUGGCUGGCCCUGGUGCGCAUCUUCUCCGGCCGCCAUCCGAUGCUCUUCAGUUACCAGCGCUCUCUGCCGCGCCAGCCUGUGCCCUCCGUGCAGGACACCGUGCGCAAGUAUCUGGAGUCUGUCCGACCCGUCCUCUCCGACGAGGACUUCGACUGGACCGCGGGCCUAGCGCAGGAAUUCCUGAAGCUACAGGCGUCACUUCUGCAGUGGUACUUGCAGCUCAAGUCCUGGUGGGCGUCCAAUUACGUCAGUGACUGGUGGGAAGAAUUCGUGUACCUGCGCUCCCGGAACUCACUGAUGGUGAACAGCAACUAUUACAUGAUGGACUUUCUAUACGUCACGCCCACUCCCGUGCAGGCGGCGCGCGCGGGCAACGCCGUCCACGCCCUCCUUCUGUACCGCCACCGCCUGGACCGCCAGGAGAUCCUGCCGACUUUGCUGAUGGGAAUGCGACCCUUGUGCUCCGCUCAGUACGAGAAGAUAUUCAACACCACGCGAAUUCCCGGGGUCCACAGAGAUCACAUCCGCCACCUUCGUGACAGCCGACACGUGGCCGUCUUCCACCGGGGCCGGUUCUUCCGCGUGGGGACCCACUCGCAAAGCCGCCUGCUUUCCCCGCGGGCCCUGGAGCAGCAGUUUCAACGAAUCCUGGACGACCCCUCUCCCGCCUGCCCCCACGAGGAGCAUCUGGCGGCCUUGACCGCUGCUCCGAGGGACACGUGGGCCCAGGUGCGGAGGUCUCUGAAGACGCAGGCCCAAGAGGCCCUGGAAGCCGUCGAAGGGGCCGCUUUCUUCGUAUCACUCGACUCCGAGCCCGCGGGACUCACCAGGGAGGACCCCGCAGCUUCCUUAGAUGCCUACGCACACGCCCUGCUGGCCGGCCGGGGCCACGACCGCUGGUUUGACAAAUCCUUCUCCCUCGUCGUCUUCUCCAAUGGAAAGCUGGGCCUCAGCGUGGAGCACUCGUGGGCUGACUGCCCCAUCUCAGGACAUAUGUGGGAGUUCACUCUGGCCACAGAAUGCUUCCAGCUGGGCUACUCGGCAGAUGGUCACUGCAAGGGGCACCCUGACCCCUCGCUGCCCCAGCCCCAGAGGCUGCACUGGGACCUUCCAGACAAGAUCCAUCUAUCCAUCUCUCUAGCCCUGAGGGCAGCCAAGACCUUGUCUGGAAACAUAGACUGCCACGUCUUCCCUUUCUCCCACUUCGGCAAGAGUUUCAUCAAACGCUGCCAUCUCUCUUCAGAUAGCUUCAUCCAGACCGCCUUGCAGCUGGCCCACUUCCGGGACAGGGGUCAGUUCUGCCUGACUUAUGAAUCCACCAUGACUCGCUUGUUCCUGGAAGGUCGCACAGAGACAGUGCGUUCUUGCACAAGGGAGGCCUGCAACUUUGUGAGAGCCAUGGAGGACAAAGAGAAGACAGACGCACAGUGCCUCGCCCUGUUCCGCCUGGCGGUGGAUAAGCACCAAGCUCUGCUGAAGGCAGCGAUGAGCGGACAGGGGGUCGACCGCCACCUCUUUGCUCUCUACAUCGUGUCCCAGUUCCUCCAUCUGCAGUCUCCAUUCCUGGACCAGGUUCACUCAGAGCAGUGGCAGCUGGCCACCAGCCAGAUUCCUGUUCAGCAAAUUCACCUGUUCGACGUUCACAAUUACCCCGACUACGUCUCCUCUGGUGGUGGAUUCGGGCCUGCCGAUGACCACGGUUACGGCGUGUCCUACAUGUUCAUGGGCGAUGACGUGAUCACCUUCCACAUCUCGAGCAAAAAAUCAAGCACCAGAACGGACUCCCACCGGCUGGGCCAGCGCAUCCAGGACGCCUUGUUGGACGUGGCCACCCUCUUCCCGGAGGGGCAGCAUCUUAAGCGCAGGGGGUUAGGGAAGGAGGACUCGGGUUAGGGGAGGAGGACUUGGAGCACAGCUGUGGUUCUCUCCCCUGCCUUACCAGGGGCUCCAGGGCCCCCACGACAGCCACUAGCUUUUGACACCUUCCAGGGGGGAGCUGGUCUCCCCAGGAACUAGGGGAAGGUCUCUGCUGCUGGGCUGGUGCAGGACAGAGGCAGCCUGUCUGGGUUUGGAAAUCCCACAUCCUGACUAAUAAAGAUGUGUGAGCUGGG